AUGAAUAACGGAAACGGUCCUUACAACCCAUACGGGCAAUACGCGCUCUACCGUCGUGGAAAUGUAGACUACGAGGAUGAUGGUGUAUACUACUGUUACAACCGGGACGCCAUGCCCCCGCCCAUGCCCUACCCUUCUUCCACCUCCCAAACCGCGGUGGGCUAUGAGCCUGAUGUCUUGGAGUCGCUGCCUGCCUCGAGAGGUAUGAGUGGUUUUGGAUUCGGUUCCGAUAACCCAGGAUCUUCAUCUGAUAACAUACGACCACCCCAUUCGUACCUCACGCUGCAGCACGUCAACAUGUCCAACGACGCUGCUGCAUACGACAACGCCGACACGCCCGUUGCAAAUUACAGCGCUGUUUCAUCGCCCGCCGAAUCGCCAGGAAGCAGUGCAUUCGGGGUUGCAGGCUCUGAAGACCGCCGCUCCUCUACCAGCCGACACCUCAUUCCAAAGGCCCCGCAUCCCUCGUUGAACACCGCCACGUUGUCUGCCACCAGCAACACAAAUGGCCCCUGCCAGUCGGGCGGGGGCCCUGCGAGCAAGCAGCACACCGUCCCACCCCGCCCGAAGCCUGGCCGCAAGCCUGCCACCGAAGAGCCUGAAUCUCGACGUAAGGCUCAGAACCGUGCGUCGCAGCGCAAUUUCCGCGAGCGAAAGCAGAAGAAUGUCCAGAAUCUGCUUGAAACCGUCGCCAUGAUGAAGCAAGAACAGAAUGACAAAGAUAGCGCGAAUGCACGCACCCUACAAGCUAUGGAAGAGCGUAUGCAUUAUUUAGCAAGAUCUUUGCAUGAAUCGCAGGAGGCCAACAGACUACUGGAGCAAAGACUGAAAAUAUAUGAACAAGGCGGUAUUCCAGAUACUCAGGGUCUUUCCAUGAGUGCUCAGAAUGGGCCUCCUGAGCAAAACCACGACUUCGCCAUGCUCCGAAAUGCACGCCACGAUCAACCGCUUCAGAACAUGCAGUCAGGCUGCAACCGAUGCACUCCUGAACAUUGCGCAUGUCUCGCCGAUCUUACCCACGACUUGCAAUUCUCGGGCGAGGCCAUGGCCGGAGUUGUUCGCGACGGUCAUGAGGACUUGGAUGACGAGAAACACCCCCACGUAGAAUACGAGGUGGACUUCACCGAGAAGUUUAAGACGAAACAUCACCCUGUUGCAUUCGCGCCUUCGAUGGAGGAGUCCAAGAUUACAGACUGUGGCUUUUGUGAGGGACAGAAGGAGAUCUGUAUAUGCGAUCCUCCCACUCGUGUAGACAGCGCCGACGAGUCAACCUCACUGACGCGCAUGGCGAGUGGCUCCUCGAGUGAGGACGUCAAGCCCAAGAUGGCCAUGACUGGGCCAGGCUCUUGCGCUGAUUGCCAGUCAAACCCCCAGCAGCGAGCAUGGUGUCAGAGGGUCGCCCAGCUCCGGAGCGAGGGAACUCCUUCGAGCUCACGGCGCAAUUCAAGCAAGAGCAGCUCUCUCGACAUCAUGGAACCCAAGGCUUCCACCAGCAUCGACAUGAACGCUGGCUUCUCGUCGCCCGUGGGCACUGGAAGAACUGUUGGUUGCAGCGAAGCCUUCAAGUUGCUCGACGGCCGGGUUUCAACGGACCCGAAUGAUAUGGACUGGCGUCAACUGAAGCCCGUUCCACAGACAUUUGCACGACAAGAGGCUCGCAGGGACACGUUCACCAUGGAACCCGGCAUGUACAGUGCGAUGGAGCUGGACGCAAGCAGCAUUCUCACUACUCUUCAACAUGCCCAGCGCCCUCUGAGGCCACGACCGUCUGACGGCCCCCAUGCGCCACUGAUUGAGGAAGCUGAGGAAAGGCGCCGAGCGUCUUUCUCACCCAUGACCAAGGUCGAGGACCAUGCCAUGCUAGAUGCCGUUUCGCACUACAACAUCGGCUGA